UACUCUGGACAAGUCUCGGGUGGACUGCCACAGCUUGGGGGAACUCACCUCGCUGGGGACACACCCGACCCUAACAGCCACCCUGGGGGGAAACUGAGGCUCCACAGGCCUUCCCCACAGCCGUUUCCCCGCCUCCGACUCCCGUCUGUGGGCCUUCCGGCUGAUUUCUGGGUCCGGCCUAAGCAACGCGCUCAGUUCUCAAAGCUCCAGAGGCCCGAGUCACCAUUUCCGGCUCAAACCUCUACCGGGGAACGUGACUGCCUACAGCCACGCCUACAACGCCCCCAGCGGCUCGCACCGAAAGGACACGGGACUGGCAGGAGAGCCACGGUGGUUUCCUGCUCGCCCCGACCCGGAGGAACCCAGAAGUGUUCCCUGGCCCCCACCUCAGACCCGAGAGCGCUGAGGUACCACGAGCAAGCCGCCUCCAGGGUGGCGUUCGGCUGGGCCUAGUCGAGCCUAGCACCCUUCGCUCCUCCCAGAGGGCCGCCUCGGCUGUCCCGUCCGGCCCCGACCGGGCGGUGCCCGGCCGGGUUCCCGGAGGUCGAACUCCCUCAUAGGCCCGUGGCGCCCCGCCCGCCCAGGCCGUGCCGCCGAGGGCGGGCGGAGCCAGCGGGUUCGCGCCAAAAUCGCGUAGCUGAUCCCUCCCCCGCGGGCUACGUCGCGCCCUCCUUUUUUUUCAAACCCCGGGCUGGGCGGGGAUUGGUGGGCUGGGCACUCACGUGGUUAACGGUCGCGGGAAGCCGCGGAGCCCGAACCUGCGGCUGGACCUGUGGGGACACCAGCCUCGGCGCCCCGGCCGCCCCGCCUCCGCUGGACAGUCCGCGCCGCCGCUGCCGACCCCCGCCACCGCCGCCCGCAGUCCCGAGCGCUCCGGAGCCGCAGCCCGCCGCCGCGCAAGUCCGCCACCGCGGCGACCAGGCGCGCCCAGUCGCACGUGGCGGACCCGCCCCCUAGGCCGUCCCGAGUCCUCGACUCCGCGGGCUUCGGCUCUCCGGUCCUCGGCCCCGGCCCCAGGGCGAGAUGAGCUUCCUAAGCCGGCAGCAGCCGCCGCCGCCCCGCCGUCCCGGGGCUUCUUGCACUUUGCGGCAGAAGCUGAUCUUCUCGCCCUGUAGCGACUGUGAGGAGGAGGAGGAGGAGGAAGAGGAGGAGGGCAGCGGCCACAGCACGGGGGAGGACUCGGCCUUUCAAGAGCCUGACUCUCCACUGCCGCCCGCGCGGAGCCCCACAGAGCCCGGGCCCGAGCGCCGCCGCUCGCCCGGCCCGGCCCCCGGCAGCCCCGGGGAGCUGGAGGAGGACAUGUUGCUGCGAGGCGCCUGUCCGGGCGCGGACGCGGCGGGCGGCGGGGCCGAGGGCGACUCAUGGGAGGAGGAGGGCUUCGGCUCCUCAUCGCCGGUCAAGUCGCCGGCAGCCGCCUACUUCCUGGGCAGCUCGUUCUCGCCGGUGCGCUGCGGCGGCUCGGGGGACGCGUCCCCGCGCGGUUGCGGGACGCGCCGGGCUAGCGAGGGCCCCUGCUCGCCGCCGCCGGACCACCCCGGCACCCCGCCGCACAAGACCUUCCGCAAGCUGCGGCUCUUCGACACGCCGCACACGCCCAAGAGUUUGCUCUCCAAAGCUCGAGGAAUCGAUUCCAGCUCUGUUAAACUCCGAGGUGGUUCUUUGUUCAUGGAUACAGAAAAAUCAGGAAAAAGGGAAUUUGACAUGCGACAGACUCCUCAAGUGAAUAUUAAUCCUUUUACCCCAGAUUCUGUGUUACUUCAUUCCUCAGGACAGUGUCGUAGAAGAAAGCGAACACAUUGGAAUGAUUCUUGUGGUGAAGAUAUGGAAGCCAGUGAUUAUGAGUUUGAAGAUGAAACAAGACCUGCUAAAAGAAUCACAAUUACUGAAAGCAAUAUGAAGUCACGGUAUACAACAGAAUUUCAUGAGCUAGAGAAAAUUGGCUCUGGAGAAUUUGGUUCUGUGUUUAAGUGUGUGAAGAGGCUGGAUGGAUGCGUUUAUGCCAUUAAGCGAUCAAAAAAGCCAUUGGCUGGCUCCGUCGAUGAGCAGAACGCUUUGAGGGAGGUGUAUGCCCAUGCAGUGCUUGGACAACAUUCUCAUGUAGUUCGAUAUUUCUCUGCAUGGGCAGAAGAUGAUCAUAUGCUUAUACAGAAUGAGUAUUGUAAUGGUGGAAGUUUAGCUGAUGCCAUAAGUGAAAACUAUAGAAGCAUGAGUUACUUUACAGAAGCAGAGUUGAAGGAUCUCCUUUUGCAAGUUGGCCGGGGCUUGAGGUAUAUUCAUUCAAUGUCUUUGGUUCACAUGGAUAUAAAGCCUAGUAAUAUUUUCAUAUCUCGAACCUCAAUCCCAAAUGCUGCCUCUGAAGAAGGAGAUGAAGAUGACUGGGCAUCAAACAAAGUAAUGUUUAAAAUAGGUGAUCUUGGUCAUGUAACAAGGAUCUCUAGUCCACAAGUUGAAGAGGGUGAUAGCCGUUUUCUUGCUAAUGAAGUUUUGCAGGAGAAUUAUACCCAUCUACCAAAGGCGGAUAUUUUUGCCCUUGCCCUCACAGUGGUAUGUGCUGCUGGUGCUGAACCUCUUCCUAGAAAUGGAGAUCAAUGGCAUGAAAUCAGACAGGGUAGAUUACCUCGCAUUCCGCAAGUGCUUUCCCAAGAGUUUACAGAGUUGCUAAAAGUUAUGAUUCAUCCAGACCCAGAGAAAAGGCCUUCAGCAAUGGCACUGGUAAAACAUUCAGUAUUGCUAUCUGCUUCUAGAAAAAGUGCAGAACAAUUACGAAUAGAAUUGAAUGCUGAAAAAUUCAAAAAUUCACUUUUGCAGAAAGAACUCAAGAAAGCCCAGUUGGCAAAAGCUGCAGCUGAGGAAAGAGCACUCUUCACUGAUCGGAUGACCACUAGGUCCACCACCCAGAGUAAUAGAACAUCUCGACUUAUUGGAAAGAAAAUGAACCGCUCUGUCAGCCUUACCAUAUACUGAACUACUCAUUUCCCACCUCCCCCAAAAAACUGUGACAAGAGGAAGCUAGGUUGAAAUCACUGCUAGAAUCCAGUUUGCAAAUUACUUUCUCAAUCGGUGUCAGUAGUUUUACUGAAAUACCUUUAGGACUUUUACUUGUGAAUUACAGUUGAAAGCUGUAUUUUGACCAGUGCUAUAUCAGGCUUUCGUCUAGUCUUACUAGUCUGUCUUCUGUAGGAUGUCAGUCACUGUUGGAUGUUACACCAGCCUUUCCAGGGUUAACCACUGUGGUGGUGUGCUGCUUAUGGUUUGCUGUUGCAUUGUAAUAAAAGGUGACUUUCCCUGUAGUGACCUGUAAAAAGGACUCAAGGGCUUUAUUACAAACAUAUUCUCCCUUUGAAAAGGGAAAUGCUAAGAGACUCAGUACUACUCAGCCUUCAGUGUACCUGUGUGUCAAUCUUAUAUUUCUUUUUUUUUUUUUAAUUGUGAAUUAUACUUGUAUAUCCAACUGGGAGCACUUUGUAGGCACUGCAUGAACCAUGGAAUGAUAAUUCUGUGGAAGUAUUGCCUUGUGAAUUUGCUGCUAUUUUAGUUUUGUCCUUGCUGUAAAAUUGUAGCAUUAAACAAUCAUUGUUGUUAAUAGGCUUUUUUUGGAAAACAAUUAUGUGAAAUAUGUAGCUGCUCUUGAUGACAAGCAGCUAUUUGCCUUUUUUUCCUUUGAACUUUGAAGCUAGUGCAUUGGAGUAAUGCACCUUUUUUUCCCUUUUGGAUUGCUGUAUUAAUGUAGUAUAAUUAUUACUGGUUUUGUAAUUUUUCCUGAUAAUGCCCUUCCCUGACCCUUUUUAAAAAUGUUCUCUCCCUCCACCCAAGUUUUGUACUUGAUUGUAUUGUUAGUCUGUUUUUAAAUGUUUUCCCCGGUUUCUCUUCAAUAUUUGUGUAUAUAAACUAAUCUUGGCGAUAGUGUACAUAGCUGUUUGUAAUGCCAGAAUGACUUCUGACUAUUCCAAGCUUUUCACAAAAUAUAUUUUAUCAAUGAUUAGCCAUUUGACUAAUAAUACUGGCUAACCAGACAUUGCAGAAGCAAAAACAACAUAGAAUUUGUCUGUCGUAUGUUUGCCUAUUAAUUUUGGUUUGAAACAUGUUUGCACAUGUCUGCUUGACUUGUGUUUUACUAACAUUGAUUGGCAUAUUAAAAGUCACUCUGAGCUUACCAUAAUUGUCUAAAUCUUGUGAUGCCUGUUUUCUACUAUUUUAUGUCUACUAUCACAUUUUAACAUUUAGAGUAUAAUGUAUAUAAAGUACUAAAAGCAGAGGACACAUUUUUGAUAGAAUAUGAAACAUUUAUUGUUUAAUGAUGAGCUUUAGUCUACAUCAGUUACAUUUUGUGAUUGAAGAAAAAUUUGUCCAUCAAUCAUAAAUGUUUUUCAUUUGUCAUAUUUAAUAUUUGUUCAUCACAUUGUAUAUUAUACAUUUGAUCUGCUAGAAAUGUAAUAUAAUGUAGGUUAAAAUAGCUUUAGAUUAUUAAGUGGAUGUAAUGACUCAUAAUUUUCUAAUUUGAGCUGAGUCACAAAAGAGAGCUUUAAAAUGAGGUUGUAACUCAGUUGAACUAGGCUGGAUUUUUUAAGAAUUAAGAGUGCAGAUUCAAGUGAUAAACAGUGCUAAUUCUACGUGACAUCUUUUUCUGAUGUAGAUUAGAACCAGAGUAAGGUCACACACACACACAAAAAGAUGUUACAAGAUCCUUGUGCUUUUUGAUCAUGGGUAAACAAUUUGUUUGAUUAGGGUCUAUAUCUUCCCACUAUAAACAUUUCUAAUAACUUUAUUCAGCUUUUAAGCCUAUGGCAUGCUAAACACAUUUUAGAGGUGUGAAAGGAAUUAGUGUAGGCAGGAACAGUAGAGAAGAAAGCUGAUCAGUGUGGGUGACAGCCUAAAAAGCUGCAAAGACUGGAGUAGGUAACACAUUUCAGUAGUCACUGACGACAAAGCUAUAAAAAGUAUAAUUGGUGUAUAUUGGGAUCACUCAAAGUCAAGGUGCAUUUUUCAAGUGCACUAGCUUCAAAGAAAAAAAAUCAGGUGUUUUUCAUCAAGUUGAUAUUUGCAGUAAAAUUUUCACAUAUUGUUUAAGAAUAUUAAGUAGGAAAAAAUUGGUUUUCUAAGAAGGAAUUCUUACCAUUUGAAAGCUGAGGAGAGUUGGGCUUAUAUUCAUUCACCACAGGAUACUUACAUUGAGUGCCUUCUAUGUGCUAAUUAGUGGCCCAAAGACCAGUAAAAAAUAGUCUUUGCCCCUUGGUACUCAGGAUAAAAUAGGGGAGACCCAGGUAAACAUAAAAUGACAUAGUAAGUGCUAUGUUGGAGGGAUUCUACAGGUAGAGUGGUAGCUCAAAGGACAAUUAGAUAGUUUGGGAAGAUGCUGGUGGUAGAGCAGUGAGUAGAUGCAGGGGAUUACAUGUAGACUGGUUUCACAGCUAUUGUUCUGACUCAGGGUAAGAGUAAAGAGGGCCUGAACUAGGACACAUGGGAUGGACAUGUGGUUGGACACAUGGGAAUAGGGUUUUCAUUAGCUGGGAACACUGCACACUGAACAGGUUUUGUUUGUUUUUAUAACAGAAUGAGAACUUGUUAGCAUAACACCAGGAGGAAGCUACAACUGCUAAUAUUGAAGCAUUGAAGAAUUUUCCAGAAAAGUUAACUGGAAUGCAAAGUUAAAUGCCCGUUAUUUUUUGAGACAUAUGUAACAGAUAAAACUUUUGGAAAGCUUACUUUAGUAAGGAAGAAGCAUUUUAAAUAUUGACUAUGCAGUUGGGUAGGAGGAAUCCUACAUUGCAGUUGAGUGCAAAUGGAAUUGUUGCCUUACAUUAACUUGCCACGAAUCCAAGCCAGUCCCCUUUAAUUAGUGAGCUAAUGUCUUGAAGGGCCAAUUCUGAAGCUUUGGUUUUCAUUUUCACUCUGUUCCAGAGGUCAAGAAAUAAUGGUAUUUAAAAUAUUGCUAACAGCUUAAUGCUUUAAGCUGUCUUCUAAUUCUUAAAGCAGAAGCAGCAUCCUGACAUUAGAGUAGUUUUCCUCCCCAGUUCACCUCCACAAAGCAUCUCCCUGACUUUAGCCAACAGAUCAAAUAAGUCAUUGCAUCCUUAAGGUAUAUUUAUUUGUGAAAUUUUUAAAGGCCAAUGAAAGCGGUCGACAAGGAGGAUGGAUCAAAAAAGAAUUUGGAAAGUGUUUCGGAUAUUGUGAAAAUCCUAAGUGAAGCCUGAAACUAGGAAUUUGGAGGAACCUGCCUCAUUCAGUAUUUUGAAGGCAUUUGUAGAACUGUAAAAAGCAUCAAUGAACUGAUUUGACAUUGCAGAGUGAGUGGAUCUAGAAGUUUCUCCUGCAAACCUGGUUGUAUUGUUAGAAAUCUCUCAGAAGCUCAGCAAGGUAGAUUUUUGUAAAACUGGAGGAGUAAGACAUCAUUGAAACUUACCCUUUCCCAACAUUAAGCUGUUAAAAACUUUGAGAAGCAUUCAUCUGAACAUCAUUGAACUUUUUUUUUCUUUGUGGCAGAUGACCCUAAUUUUCAAUGCAGUUCAAAGGUCUCUGGAGUAAGGAAAAAUAUCUAUGUAUGCUCUAGGAAGAUUUACCAGGAAAAGAUGACAUGUUCUGUCCAAACUUCAUUAAACUAAGAGUCUAAGAAACCUCGGCCAGUCCAGCCUAUGAAGAAAAAUACCUCAAGGAACAUUUAUAUCAUAGUUCAUAUUGUUUAGUUUCAUAUGGUUAAUAAAUAUUUUGGAGAGCA